GCCCACUCGCUCCCACCCUCCGUCUCCCUCCUCCACCCAGCCCGGUUGCAGAGCUGGGGGACGCAAACUCCAGCCCUGCAAAAACACUCAAGGAGGGAAUGAAUCAGGGGCCCGGGGAGGCCUGGAGGGCCGUAUGAACCGCCUGCUUGGAAUCAGGAGGACCGCAGCCUGCACGAAGCCCCUGCGCGGUCGUUCCGGCGGCUCCGGCUCCGCCUGCCUGCCUGCCAGAGCCAAGGGGCGGUGGAUGAUCCUCCUCCUCCCUCCGGUCAGAGUUGGGCCAAGAUGGCUGCUCCCAUGAGCGACACGUUCUCCUUUUGCAGGGAGCCCCCCGCCGCCCAUCCGGCCCGCCGAGCCCUCGAGGUCCGCUUCAUCAGCAACGCCAAGGGUAAAGGACUCUUCGCGACCAGAAACAUCCAGAAGGGAGAAACGAUUUUUGUUGAGAAGCCAGUGGUGUCCGCUCAGUUCCUCUGGAAUGCUCUAUAUAAAUAUAAAGCCUGUGACCACUGCUUGCGAGCGUUGGAGACCGCAGAAGAAAAUGCGCAGAGGCUGCUGGGGAGAUUUCAGGCCCUUCCUCAUCCAGAGCAGUGCGCCAUCCGGAAGGAGCUGCACCAGCACUGCCCUAGUUGCCAAGUGAAUUACUGCAGCUCAGAGUGCCGGCAGGUUGCCUGGGAGCAGUAUCACCAGGUUUUGUGCCUGGGGCCUUCCAGGAAGGACCCCAAACACCCCCUCAACAAACUACAGGAGGCCUGGAGGAACAUCCAUUACCCCCCUGAGACGUCCAGCAUCAUGCUGAUGGCCAGAAUGGUUGCUAUCGUCAAGCAGGCCAAAGACAAAGACUGGUGGAUCAAACUCUUCUCUCAGUUCUGCAGCAAAACAGCCAACGAGGAAGAGGAGAUUGUCCACAAACUCCUGGGAGAGAAAUUUAAGGACCAGCUAGAAGUCCUCCGUGUGCUCUUCACAGAUGCUCUGUACGACGACCAUCUAAGCAGGUGGUUCUCUCCAGAAGGCUUCCGGUCAUUGUUUGCCCUCGUCGGAACCAACGGCCAAGGAAUAGGGACGAGCUCGUUGAGCCAAUGGGUCCACGCCUGCGACGCCUUAGAGCUGCCCCCUCAAGAGCGAGAGCAGUUAGACGCCUUCAUAGACCAGCUCUACAAGGACAUUGAAAGAGAGACAGGGGAGUUCCUGAAUUGUGAAGGUUCUGGCCUCUACGUGCUGCAGAGUUGCUGUAACCACAGCUGCAUUCCCAACGCCGAGACCUCAUUCCCUGACAACAGUUUUCUCCUGCACCUGACGGCUCUGGAGGAUAUCAGGUCAGGAGAGGAGAUCUGCAUCAGCUACUUAGACUGUUGCCAACGGGAGCGAAGCCGCCACAGCCGUCACAAGACGCUCCGGGAAAAUUACCUGUUCGUCUGCUCCUGCCCCAAGUGCCUGGCUCAAGCCAACGAUCCAGACGUGACAUCAGAGGAGGAAGAGGAGGAGGACGAUGAAGCUGCCGAAGGGGAGCCGGAUGAUGCGGAGCUGGAGGACGAAAUGACGGACGUUUGACCCUGGGGGUCUUUUCUAUAGUGGAGGCUUCUCGUUAAAGGCAAUGGUGCUUAUUGCCGAUGCAGGUUCCCGGACCAUGAGUGGCUUGUGCUAGCAGCAGAGGAAAGGGCUAAGACUUCCCAAAGCAGGGCACUGGAGGCAAAAAAGCCUGGCCCCGCUGCUGGUAGUGCCUCCCAGCAAGUCUGUCCCUGACCCUGGGCUCCUCUCUCUCUCUCCAUUGUAUCUGCACUCUUAACCCCGAGCUGUGCCCAGACAGGGCUGGUUCUUCACCACAUUUGCCACAGGGCAUUUCCCCCAGACGCAACACACACACACAGACUGGGGGGAAAGAUCCCUCAGCAGCUGUUUCUCUAUAUGCCUGUGUACAGUAAAAUGAUUUGCAAUGCAAA